AUCAUAACACACUUGAAAAAAAAACAUCUUAAUUAGAAAACAAAAAGGAGAGACAUAAAGAUGAAUGCUAUUAAGUUUGUUGUACUUCUCUUGAUUGGAGUUGUAUGUGUCAAUGUUGGUGCAAUUAGGCAACUCGAGAAAAGAUCCAAAGAGACCGAAUUAAGCGUCUCUCUUCCCAAAGCUACCAAAGGCGUUGGAGCUGAAUUUACAGUUACUGUUUAUACUCAGUCUAUAGGUGAUGGCAAUGGCUUUGGUGAUGCUAAAAUAAAGGGUCGCAAAGGUUCCAGCAGCAAUGCAAUUGGAAGCGGCUCCGGAAUUACUAGUGGAUAUGUCAUUGCAAAGGGUCCCAACGCAACAGCUUUUUCUAGGAGUAUUGCUUUCGGUCUAGGCCAAGCUAAUGCUGUAGCGGGUCGCAAAGGUGCAACCGCCAAAGGAAAUGGUUUUGGACGUGGCAUUACUACUGCAUUUGGCAGCACCGGGCCUAAACCGUGAGGUGAUCAUGCUCAUUUCUCCGCCUAUAUAUCAUAAUACUCUACAAACCCAACAAUAAUCUCUUUGUAUUCAUAAAUAAGACUAGAGAUUGCCACCUUUAUUAAUUAUGAUGAAAGUGCUACUCUUUGUGUGAUGUCUAUUGUUAAAUAAAAUAAAUGCAAUAAUUACGACUUUAAUAGUCUUUUUAAAUGACGUCCAAAUAUAGAAAAAAGGAAGAUAAUCUAUUUGAGCUCCUCAUAUCUCUUGUAACAUGUAACAUCUCAAAGUAAACUGAAUUACAUGGUAUUUCUAUCGUAGACG